AUGGCACUGUCAAAUCUUGGCCCUCGCGCCCCUUCUCGGCCCGUCCUCGACCGCACGCACCAGAAACCCAACCGCAUCCCUCACCAUGUCCGCGCUGAACCGGUGCCCUACGCCGGCAUACACCCUAUCCUCGACCACGACCUCGCCGUCCCUGUACCACCCCUCGACCGCAUCCUUCAACACCCCCAGGAGCGGCCGCGAACUCGCAUACGGAACCAGCUCGUCGUCGCCCCCCGAACAAGCCAGCAGCUUCUUCCCCCUGAUGCGCGCGUCGAAAAUCUCCCGCAGCCGCGCCUGCUCCCCCGGCGACAGCGGCGGCGGCGGCACCGGCCCUUCCACCCCAAAGAGAAUGGCCUUGGGAUCGUGCUCCCGACAGGUCGCCAGCAGAUCCCGCGGAAAGUACCGACUCCCCAGCAGCGAGGCGCCUCCCGUGUCCAGAGCCGAGUGUCUCGCCCGACUACCCAUCAAAUCUUAACCACCAGUCAACACGCCGAACCCAGGUACAGAGAACGGAAACAACCUACCCAGAUAGUCGGGACACCCGACGACAGCAACGGCCGCGUCGAUCCUGUCCUCCCCGAACCAGGACCACCACGCGGCGUGGCCGCCCAGACUCCAGCCCAGGCAGACGUGGGCGUCGACAUCUCUGCCCAGAUAGCCGGCCACGAGGUCCAUCAGCCCGCUCAUGUCGCUCGCGCCGCCCUUGACCAUGCCCGCCAUGUCGAUUGCGUGUUUGUCGUUGCCUCUGUCCCAGGCGUGGUUGGCAAGCUCGCUGACCAGCCGCGUGCCGUGGUUGGGCAUGUCGAACGACAGGGCCACCAGACCGCGGGAGCUGGAGGCGGGCGAGAGGUGCCACGCGUGGAGGGCGCGACGGGCGAUAUCCUGCAUCCGGGCUCUUGUCCGCGUGCGCGGGUGCAGGAGCCAAAGACUGGUGAGGGGGAUGUUGGGACUGGCGAGCUCGUCCUGACCGUACACAUCGACAAGAAGGCCGGCCAUUGGAAUCGUCGUCAUGGAGAUGGAAGGCGCAGGGUCAAGGCCCUUGGUUGA